AUGUCUGCUAAUGGACUUGCCAUGCAAUUGCAAAAUACGCAUAUUAGCUCAAACAACAACAACGAGUGGAAAAAGAACCUGAAGGCACCUCCCAAGGACACCCGGCCGCAAACGGAAGAUGUCACCGCCACCAAAGGAAACGACUUUGAGGACUACUUCCUCAAGCGAGAGUUGUUGAUGGGAAUCUUCGAGGCCGGUUUUGAAAAGCCAUCUCCCAUCCAAGAAGAGUCGAUUCCAAUUGCUCUCGCUGGACGAGACAUUCUUGCCAGAGCGAAGAACGGCACGGGGAAAACCGCUGCUUUUACCAUCCCUAUGCUCGAGAAGAUCAAUGUUUCCAAGAAUCGCAUCCAAGCCCUUGUCCUCACCCCCACCAGAGAGUUGGCUCUGCAAACAUCACAAGUGUGUCGCACUCUCGGCAAGCACCUUGGUGUCCAGGUCAUGGUGACAACCGGAGGCACAACUCUCAAAGAUGACAUUCUACGUCUGGGCCAGCAAGUCCACAUCCUUGUCGCGACGCCAGGACGUGUUCUCGACCUCGCGAGCAAAGGUGUCGCAGACCUGAGCGACUGUACCCUUUUUAUCAUGGACGAAGCCGACAAGCUUUUGUCCCCGGAAUUCCAGCCCAUCAUCGAGCAACUUAUCGGCUUCUGCAAACCUGGCCGUCAGAUCCUCCUCUAUUCCGCAACAUUCCCAAUGAUCGUCAAGGCCUUCAAGGACAAGUUCUUGAACAAGCCGUACGAGAUCAAUCUUAUGGACGACCUGACCCUCCGGGGUGUUACGCAGUACUAUGCGUAUGUUGAGGAGCGACAGAAGGUCCACUGUCUCAACACCCUCUUCUCCAAGCUACAAAUCAAUCAAUCCAUCAUCUUCUGCAACUCGACCAGCCGAGUCGAGCUACUAGCCAAGAAGAUCACCGAACUCGGCUACUCCUGCUUCUACAUCCACGCCAAAAUGCUGCAAUCCCACCGUAACCGAGUCUUCCACGACUUCCGCAACGGUAAGACCCGUCACCUGGUCUGCUCCGACCUGCUCACUCGCGGUAUCGACAUCCAGGCCGUGAACGUCGUCAUCAACUUUGACUUCCCAAAGACAGCUGAGACGUACUUGCACCGUAUCGGUCGUUCGGGACGGUUCGGACACCUCGGGCUCGCUAUCAACCUGAUCACUUACGAGGAUCGAUUCAACUUGUACCGAAUUGAACAGGAGCUUGGAACGGAGAUUGCACCCAUACCGCCCGUCAUUGACAAGUCGCUGUACGUGGCGCCUUGAUUGAGGGGUGUGGGCGUAGUGGUAGGGCAUUGCAUGACGAGGAGCAGGUUGGUGGAAUGGACGUAGAACAAGAGAAGCAACAAAACAGCUGAGGAAACAAAACCCGUGUGUGCUCUGCGCGUUGUUACAUUGAACGCGCCACACGUUAAAAACAUGAAUGGAAUGAAUCGGGAAGAAAGAGUGGGCAUCAAAGGCAGAGAGAGGUUAGUGAAGAGCAAAGGGUUCUUCUGUUGGCUGUUCUGUACCGCACGCUUCAUGUGACAAGGAGAGGAACUUUGCUUCCCACGAUGACGUGGCGGACGCAGAACGAGUGGAGCGCUGAACCUCUAUAGUCUGAAGAGAUGUAAAGUUUGCCUUGCAUGGAACAGCUGUGGCAGAGCUGUUUUGCGUAGGGGAGGGAUGGAGAUGGUCUCUCAUUUUUUGUGUACACUUUACAUACGAAGUUACGACCGUC